CUGGAAGCAGCACAGACCCCGGGCACAGAGGGAGUCAAGACACAGCCCAGGGGCCACAGCCCAGACAAGAGGGCAGGACUCCGAUCUGGAGAGGGAGAGGCAGGAUCAGAGAGGCCACAAGCCUCAGAGAGGAGACAAGCCAGCUGAGCAAGACACCCUGGGAGAACCAGACAGCAGAGAGAGAGAGAGAGACAGAGAGAGAGAGAGAACCUGAGGGAAGAAAUCCAAAGAAAGUGACUGGCUAUUGUGGAGACAGAGUGGGAGGUACUGGGGCAGAAACCAAACGGAGUCCCGACGAGGGACGGAGAGGAGGGCCACUCCAGGGAAGCCCGGCUCCAGCUCUUCUGGCCCUGACUACUGCAGCCCACCCUAGAGGUCAUGAAGGGGGACAAGAGUGAGGAGCAGGAGCGGGGUCCCGAGCCUCAGGCCCCCAGCGGGCGCACGGAGGAGGAGGAGGAGGCCCUGAUCGAGUUUCACCGCUCCUACCGAGAGCUCUUCCAGUUCUUCUGCAACAACACCACCAUCCACGGGGCCAUCCGGCUGGUGUGCUCCCAGCACAACCGCAUGAAGACGGCCUUCUGGGCCGUGCUCUGGCUCUGCGCCUUCGGCAUGAUGUACUGGCAGUUUGGCCUGCUGUUUGGGGAGUACCUCAGCUAUCCUGUCAACCUCAACAUUAACCUCAACUCGGACAAGCUUGUCUUCCCGGCCGUCACUGUCUGCACCCUCAACCCUUACAGGUACACCGAGAUUAAAGAGGAUCUGAAGGCGCUGGAUCGCAUCACGGAGCAGACGCUCUUCGACCUGUAUAAAUACAACUGCUCCCACUCUCUCGGGGCCCAUCCUCCUCGCGGCCGCCGCAGCCUCCCCCGGGCCCUGCCGUACCCGCUGCUGCGCCUGCCGGGGCCGCCCCCGUCCCCCCGGGCCCGCAGCGCCUCCUCCAGCGUGUGGGACAACAACCCCCAGGUGAACAGGAAGGACUGGAAGAUCGGCUUCCAACUGUGCAACCAGAACAAAUCCGACUGCUUCUACCAGACCUACUCAUCUGGCGUGGAUGCGGUGAGGGAAUGGUACCGUUUCCACUACAUCAACAUUCUGUCCCGAGUGCCCGAGGACUCGCCCUCCCUGAAGGAAGACACACUGGGCAGCUUCAUCUUCGCCUGCCGCUUCAACCAGAACUCCUGCAGCCAGGCGAAUUAUUCUCAGUCCUACCACUUGAUGUAUGGGAACUGCUACACUUUCAAUCACAAGAACAACUCUAACCUCUGGAUGUCUUCCCUGCCUGGGAUCAACAACGGCCUGUCCCUGGUGCUGCGCACGGAGCAGAACGACUUCAUCCCAUUGCUGUCCACGGUGACGGGGGCCAGGGUCAUGGUGCACGGGCAGGAUGAGCCUGCCUUCAUGGAUGAUGGUGGCUUUAACUUACGGCCUGGCGUGGAGACCUCCAUCAGCAUGAAGAAGGAAGCCCUGGACAGACUUGGGGGCAACUAUGGUGACUGCACUGAGGAUGGCAGCGACGUCCCCGUCAAGAACAUUUACUCUUCGAACUACACACAGCAGGUGUGUAUUCACUCCUGCUUCCAGGAGAACAUGAUCAGGGAGUGUGGCUGUGCCUACAUCUUCUACCCAAAGCCCCCUGCGGUGGAGUACUGCGAUUACUGGAAGCACAGCUCCUGGGGCUACUGCUACUAUAAGCUCCAGGUUGCCUUCUCCGAGGACAGCCUGGGCUGUUUCACCAAGUGUCGGCAGCCAUGCAGUGUGACCAGCUACCAGCUCUCUGCGGGUUACUCCCGGUGGCCCUCGGUGACAUCCCAGGACUGGGUCUACCGGAUGCUGUCUCGACAGAACAAUUACACCAUCAACAACAAAAGAAAUGGAGUUGCCAAACUCAAUAUCUUCUUCAAGGAGCUGAACUACAAAACUAACUCUGAGUCUCCUGCUGUCACGAUGGUCACCCUCCUGUCCAACCUGGGCAGCCAGUGGAGCCUGUGGUUCGGCUCCUCCGUGCUGUCUGUGGUGGAGAUGGCGGAGUUCAUCUUCGACCUCCUGGUCAUCACAUUCCUCAUGCUGCUCCGGAGGUUCCGAAGCCGAUACUGGUCUCCUGGCCGAGGCGGCAGGGGUGCCCGGGAGGUGGCGUCCACUCCAGCGUCCUCCUCGCUCCCCUCGCGCUUUUGCCCCCAUCCCACAUCCCCGUCCCCACCUCAGCCUGGACCCACCACCUCCCCAGCCUUGACAGCCCCCCCACCUGCCUAUGCCACUUUGGGUCCCCGCCCAUCUCCACCAGGCUCCGCAGAGGCCAGCUCUUAUGGCUGUACAGUGGCAGGGGAGCCCUGAGGGGGGCAAGCAGAGUGCCCCCCACCCAGGCAGGCGUGUCUUUUAGUGGGAGGGGGCAAGCCUUGGCGGGCUGCAAAGAUGACUAGGCUUUUCUCUUCACAGCUGCUUGGCUGCCUUUGGUGAGGCGGAGGGAGGGAAGCAGGUUGGGGAAGGGGCUCAAGAAGCUUCCCUAGAGAUGGUUCAAUGCCACAGCCCAGAAUCACUGCUGUUCCUGCCCUGUUCCCCCUGCCCUUGCCUCUAGAGCACUUUGAUUCCCCACCUAACCGGAGACCCGAACUCGGGCCAGCCUCGAGGCACUGUCCUAGGUAACGAGGCACUGUCCUAGGUAACGGCUGGGGACCAGAACAAAACACAAACAAGGGCACACAAAGGCGGGUAUGGGUUUCCUCCCCAGACAGGACACAGGAUGGAAGCCAGCCCUGGAUUGGCGGGGUCCCACUGCUCCUCUUCUUGACCUUGGGUGGGGAACCCCACCUGAAAGCCCCCUUUAUUUGUUCUUGGGCAAUUCCCCUUCCCUGAUUUCCCCAGGGCAGGGACUGAGGCUGACCAACGCCAUGAAUGGCUUGGCCAUUCCCUGUCAGCCUGAGGACAUCUCCAGCCUGAUCUACCCUCUCUCUGCCUGUGCAGAGGCGGCCUUGUGCUUGUGCCUCUGCCCUGGGCCCUUCAUGCUGCAGCCGAUUCGAUCAAGCGCUAGCUGCAGCCUGAGGUCUCCUCUGCCUUCUGACCUCGGACUCCUGUGCAUCCCUCAGAACCCUUCUCAGAUGCCAGCACUUUGGGGAAGCCUUCUGCCCCAUCAUUCCCGCUCUCCUCCACUCCCAGAAUGCACUAUGCCACCUAUUGGAACGCAGAUGCUGUAGUGCGGUCUUGUAUAAGCUGACCGGGAGGGAGUGCCCUGUGAUUGGGGAUGGGGUUUUGCUCCUUUACAUAGGCUCAGGGCCUAGCCCUAGGGCCCGCUCGGUGCAAACAGGUAGAUAGAUGCUCAAUAAAAUGUUUGUGGCAUAAAGAAA